CACAGCACAAACGGAGAAUGGCAGAAGCGGCUCCAAAUAACCACGAACUUUUUACAUGUUCGAUUUGUUUGGAUCUUCUUAGGGAUCCAGUGACUACUAAUUGUGGACACAGUUACUGUAUGGGCUGCAUUACGAGCUGCUGGGAUCAGGAAGAUCAAAAGGGAGUCUACAGCUGCCCCCAGUGCAGACAGACGUUCAUCCCAAGACCUGUUUUAAGCAAAAAUAAUAUUUUUGCUGAGCUGGUGGAACAGAUCAAGAAGACCAGGAUCCAAGCUGCUGCUCCUGUUCCAUGUACGGCUGGACCUGGAGAUGUGGAGUGUGACGUCUGCACUGGGACAAAACGCAAAGCUGUGAAGUCCUGUCUGGAAUGUCUGGUUUCAUAUUGUGAAACUCACUACAAAGUUCACAAUGACAUACACCCUGGGCGAAAACACAAGGUGGUUGAUGCCACAGGCCAGCUACAAGAGAGGAUUUGCACCCAACAUGAGAAGCCUCUGGAGAUAUUUUGUCGUACGGAUCAAAGUUGUGUUUGUUUGCUCUGUCUGGUGGAUGAACACAAAGGCCAUGACACUGUGUCAGCCUCUGCAGGGAGGAGAGAGAAACAGACACACUUGGGGCAGACUCAGAGUAAAAUCCAGCAGAGAAUCCAGGAGAGAGAGAAGGAGCUGAAGGAACUGAAAAAGGCGGUGGAGACUCUCAAGAGCUCUGCACAGACAGCAGUGCAGGACAGUGUGAGGAUCUUUACUGAGAUGAUCCGCUCCAUUGAGAGAAGGCGCUCUGAGGUGAAAGAGCUGAUCAGAGAUCAGGAGAAGGCUGAGGUGAGUCAGGCUGACAGACUCCUGAAGCAACUGGAGCAGGAGAUUGCUGAGCUGAAGAGGAGAGAUGCUGAGCUGGAGCAGCUUUCACACACAGAGGAUCACAUCCAUUUCCUCAAGGUAACUGUUGAUGAUGGAUUAUUAGUGCACAGAAUGUUUGAGGGCACUGAUUUAUGUUGA